AUGUACCAUCCGACCCCUAUGCUGUCCCGCGGUCGCACAUUCGGCUGGUCAUCUUCCAGCUCCAGCAUCAAACUGAAGCAAAACGGUCAUGAAUUCCCAAACCAGAGCUCCUUUCACAGCCUGGAGGAGGCAGCAGUGUCCAGCGCGUCCCGCUCUCCUGUUUCACUGGAACUGGAGCCCGUGGUGAAUAAUGGAUCAAGCGCACCCGUCGCUCCAGGUGGCCACACAAAAGAGGCACCGGCCCACAGCGAGUGCCGCCAGCCCCUCUCCAUCCACAGCGGGCCCGGAGAGACGCUAGCCACUGCACGCUUCACGCACAGCCCUUACCACGCCAAGACUAGCAUGCAGGGUGAUGUGUACAACUUCCUAGAGAGACCCGCCGGCCUGAGGUGCUUCCUGUAUCACUUCCUUGUGUUCCUGAUGGUCCUGGUGUGUCUGAUCUUCAGUGUGUUGUCCACCAUUGAACAGUAUGCAGACUUCGCCACAGGAUCUCUCUUCUGGAUGGAGAUUGUGCUGGUGGUGUUUUUCGGAACGGAGUAUGUGGUCCGGCUCUGGUCUGCAGGCUGCCGGAGCAAAUAUGUGGGGAUUAAAGGCCGUCUGCGCUUCAUCAGGAAACCCAUCUCCAUCAUAGAUCUAAUCGUGGUCGUGGCAUCUGUUGUUGUUCUGAGCGUCGGCUCCAAUGGACAAGUGUUUGCCACGUCUGCAAUCAGAGGGAUCCGCUUCCUCCAGAUCUUGCGGAUGCUGCAUGUGGAUCGACAGGGAGGAACGUGGAGGCUUCUGGGAUCAGUGGUUUUUAUCCAUCGGCAGGAGCUGAUCACCACGCUGUACAUCGGGUUCCUCGGUCUGAUCUUCUCAUCAUAUUUUGUGUAUUUGGCUGAAAAAGAUGCAGUAGAUGAAGAGGGGAAGACGGGUUUUUCCAGCUACGCUGAUGCUCUUUGGUGGGGCGUGGUUACUGUGACCACGAUCGGCUACGGAGACAAAGUCCCUCAGACGUGGAUCGGGAAGGCCAUCGCCUCCUGUUUCAGCGUGUUUGCCAUCUCCUUCUUCGCUCUGCCUGCGGGCAUUCUGGGAUCUGGUUUUGCUCUUAAAGUCCAACAGAAACAAAGGCAGAAACAUUUCAACCGUCAGAUUCCAGCCGCGGCCUCUCUAAUACAGACGCUGUGGAGAUGCUACGCUUGUGAAAAGUCAGACGGCUGUACGGCUACCUGGAAGAUGUACGUGCUGACAGGCGACUACAUUCCCAUUAUAAACUCCGAAAACUCCAGUCCGGGAAACUUCAGACGGCUGAGUAAACGCUACAAACGCAAACCCAAAUCCCUGCGGGACAACGGCUCUCUGGGUCCUGCUGGAGAACGGGCUCUGUCUAUCCCGCAGAUCACUUACGACCACAUCGAGGAUAAAGACGCUGUGUUUACAGACGACUCUACAGGAAUUGCAAAACUUUUCCGCUCAUCAGACCGUCAGCGCUCGUGGUCCGCUUUCACUCUCAGCUGUCCUUCUUCCCCAGUGAAGAAAAAGCUUGACGGGCCGGACAUCUCUCGAAACAACAGUCUGGUGGAUGAGCUAGAUUUCACCGCUGAAGACAUUCCUCUGCCUGUGGUUACAGACGCCUCACAUCUGUUGAGAAGCCCGUUUGUGGCAAAGGAGGAAGAGUCAGUCUCUACUCAGCACCUGAACACUAGCAGACUUUCCCAUGCGCACAGAUCCGCCAUCAAGGUCAUCAGACGCAUGCAGUAUUUUGUGGCUCGGCGGAAAUUUCAGCAAGCGAGGAAACCGUACGACGUGCGGGACGUGAUCGAGCAGUAUUCACAGGGACACCUCAACAUGAUGGUGCGCAUUAAAGAGCUACAGAGAAGGCUGGAUCACACACUUGGGAAACCCGGAAUGUUCCUCCCAGAGAAAGGUGUGGAGAAGGAGUAUUAUACAGUAGGAGCCCGACUGAUCCGUCUAGAAGAUAAGGUGCUCCAGAUGGACGUGAAGCUGGAGAACAUUCAGAAGAUCCUGCUGGAGCAUUUCCAGCCCAGACCCGAGCUCCUCCAGAGGCCGAGUCCGCUGAGCUCGCGGGUCACCGUCAUGAAGAGACUGGGCGUCAGUAUGGAUGAGACCCAAUGAAGCGCUCACAGAGUCAAACACCGAGGGAAACAAACACAGGCCCAAACCAGGAGCCUGACCAUUACCCUUUCUGAACAUCAUAUGAGUGUGG